AUGCAAGUGAAGACUCAACUGGUGGAUGUGCUUGGGAGGCCGUUGUCGGUAACAGCCGGUGACUCUUCAGUUUCAGAAGUCGGCCCCAUCGCAUGUAUGCCAGAUGAUUUAGCUCCGGUAUCCUUUAUGCUUCCCGUGGAGACAAAUACAGAUCAGCUAAACGAGCUUGCUCGCACUCUGCUCCUUCAAGCGUACCAGGGAAGCGACGACGAUGAAAGGGAACGCAUUGGAGAGCAAAUAUUUUCUUUUUCCGUUUCCAUUGGCUCCAAAAUACUUCCCUUUGAGGACGGAAAAUCGCUUUCCUCCAUCAUCCCCACCAACGAUGGCAGCGAAGAGCUGACAAUCAAAAUAAUCGCUGCCCCACAGGCUCUCUUUCGUGUUCGUCCAGCCACAAGAUGCACAGGGACCCUUGAGGGACAUACAGAUGCGGUGCUUUCUGUCGCAUUUUCUGCUGAUGGGCAUUUCCUCGCCUCCGGGUCUGGCGAUUGCACGAUCCGAAUUUGGGAUGUCCGUACUGGAACGACAGUCAAGAGCCUCAAAGCUUGGGUGAUGGCCGUCACAUGGUCGCCAGAUGGCACGAUGCUUGCCUCUGGUGCGCACGAUUCGUCUUUGGCCGUCUGGCACAUGCCCCAGAAUUUCUCUACAUCAAGCGCGGAGUUUCCACCCAGCUCGACACCCGCCUUCGGAUCACAUACCGUGCUGAGAGGCCAUUCUGCAGCCAUUACACAGCUUGCAUGGCAGCCGCUGCACUUGGCUGAUCCUGCUAUAAGUGCCUGCUUGCUUGCAUCUGCCUCCAAAGAUAAGACCGUUCGGAUUUGGAACCCGAAGACUGGAGUUGUUCUCCAGGUGCUUUCUCAGCAUUCAGAGCUCAUAUCAUCCGUCCGAUGGUCAGGUUCAGGUGUCCUUUUUACUGGAUCCCGCGAUCGCCUAAUUCAUACAUGGCGAUGGGCAGGCUCCGCAUUUCAAUUUUCCGGUUCUCUGAAAGGGCACGCUCAUUGGAUCAAUCACAUGGCACUUUCCACAGAUGCUCUCUUUCGCACUGGCGACAGAGAUGCAGCAGAUUUGGUCACCAUGCGGCAAGCUGGUGUUGCAGCCUCUUUCAUGGAGCGAAUAGAAAGAGCCAAGGCGAUAUAUCAAAAACAUAUCCGAGAUCACGGUGCCGAACGUCUUAUUUCGUCGUCCGACGAUGCUACGUUGAUGCUUUGGUGCGAGUCGCAGGGCUCCUGGAAGCUUGUGAAAAGGCUUGUUGGCCACCAAGGAUUUAUUGCUUCGCUCCGGGGUCACCUGUCGUCGGUGUAUCAGCUGGCAUGGUCGGCAGACUCGCGGAUGCUGCUUUCCUCCUCAAAGGACUCCACAGUGAUCAUAUGGAGUGUAGCCCAGCGGAAGAUGAAAAAAUGCCUCUCCGGACAUCGUGAUGAGGUUUACGCCGUUGACUGGGCCUCAGAUGGCCAGACAUGUGCCUCAGGCUCCAAAGACCAUUCUGUCAAGCUCUGGCGCAACUAA